CGCGUCCCCUCGGAGGCGGCGAGCGGAGCCCGGCGGCAGGUGGCGGCGGCGGCUCGGCCCCUUUAAGGCUACGGCUGCCGUAACCCGAUCCCCGCCGGAGCAUCCUGCGCCCGGGAAGGGCUGUCCCGUCCCCGACGCCGCGGGGAAGGCAUGGAGGAAGAGGAGGCGGCGCCGCAGCCCCCGUAGCCCCUCUCCCAGCUGUCCCAGAGCAUGCAAGCUGGAUUCCUUUUGGGCUCAUCUGGGCAGGAAGAUAGGCCCUAGGAGCACAUCAAACAUGUUCCAAGAACUGUGGACUCCCUAGGACAGAAUUAAAGCUGAUCUGAAGCUGAAGAACAAUGGCUUCCUUCAGCAACCUGACUAUUGGYGUUGCUGUUGCCAGUUUUACUGUAUUUCAGCUCCUCUUCCACGUUGUAAGUUCUUGGGUGUCAACACGAUUAACACCUGGKUUUAACAAUCUCAGCCAAAAAAGGAAGAUCGAAUGGAAUUCAAGGACAGUGUCCACAUUCCACGCCUUGGUGGUUGGAGGGUUUUGCYUAUAUAUUUUAUUGUACGAUGAUGCUGUUAAUGCUGACCCUAUCUGGGGUGACCCUUCAACUGUGAAGCUGAAUGUUGCUAUUACCACAGGCUACCUCAUUUCUGAUCUGUUGCUUAUUAUUUACUACUGGAAGGCAAUUGGUGACAAAUUUUUUGUAAUACAUCACUUGGCAGCUCUGUAUGCUUACUAUUUUGUACUGAGCGAAGGUCUGCUGGCUUAUUUUGGAAACUUCCGUCUGCUUGCAGAGUUCUCCACUCCUUUUGUCAAUCAGCGGUGGUUUUUUGAAGUACUGGGAUAUCCCAAAUCUUCAAAGGCCAACAUGAUCAAUGGUGUGCUGAUGACAGUUGUGUUCUUCGUGGUGAGGAUUGCCGUCAUGCCUGUAUAUUACAGCCAUGUCAUUUCUUCAUUUGGAACAGAAGGUUUCUGGAGAUUGGGACUCGCAGCCCAGAGCGCCUGGAUUAUCUCAAGUGUUGCCUUGGAUAUUAUGAAUGUGAUGUGGAUGRUCAAAAUUGCGAAAGGAUGCCACAAAGUCAUUUGUCUUAUCGGACAGGAGGAAGCUAAAACUCAUAGAAACGGAAAAUCUGCUUAGAAAUCAUUGAUAAAAUGAAAUUUCUGCUAUGAAAAUAGUUUGGGUUCACUGAAACAGUGCACAUUUCUGCCAUGGAAUGCUCCUAUUAUGGAAACAAGGUAUUACCUCUGUACUGACCUUACUCUUUCCCUAGCCACACUGCCUGCACGCCCAGGGCCACGCUUUACGGAUCCUGUCCCGUGAGGAGUARAAGCAAAAGCUCACACAGAUGAGUUCCACAUGCCUGUUCUAAGCAGCUGCAAGCAUCAGAAAUUAGAAGGGAGCAGACUGGUUACUCGCUUGUUGUCYACCAGUGCGUUCAAAGGGUUUCUCUCAGGUUUCUCAGAUUAAAAUGUUUUAUAAAUCUGGUGAAUACUGACAUAUCUGUUUUUUUUAGAAAAUGAAAAAUACCCCAAACUCCUGAUAUGGUGCAAUUUUCCAGGCACGUUUCUAUGUUUUCUUCUAGGAAUAACAAUCAAGAUUUCAUUCUUGACAACUUUUUAAUUUUUGCAAGAAAAGCUAAAAAUUUGGCUUUGAUUCUGUGAAGUCUUUUACUGCUUUUUGUUCUGCAUUAUAUGAAUGCAAACCAUUUUGGGAAAUUUAUGAAAUAAUUUUAUCUAAAAUGCUGUAUUAUAAGACCAGAUAAUAUCUUAACAGUUAAUAGAAUUGUCAUUUUGAUGGGAAGGAUUCCCAUUUGCUAUUCUAGGUUAGAUGCAAUAGUACAUCUUCUAAAUUCCCCAUGGAACAUUUUUUGUAAAUUAAUAUGGUAGAUGAUGAGUGGAAAUAGCAUYGUUCUUACUGAAGUGCUUUUUCCUUUGCUGCUACUACCUUUGAUAAGUGCUGCACUUCUUCUCAGAGUAUUUCUAACCGUUGGCUAUUUGGAUUCAAAGUUUAACUGCAAAGAAAUAAAAUUCUUUUGUAUAUGUGAUGUGUAACUUUCAGUAAUACUUUUUUCUUUUAUCACAGAAAUGACCUAUUCGAUAUGAAGUGUUGACAGUUUUUGUCACAUYUUCUUUGUUAAUCAAAUCAGAAAUCUGAGGUGUUGACUAAAAUCACUCUUGAAUUAACUGUGCCAAACUCCUCUAAAACUGUAUGGUAAUUCUGUAGAAGGAAAAGUUGACAUCUGUUGACACMAUUUUUUUCUUUUGUUAAACCACACAUUUGUCAUAGGUAUUCAGUUCCUCCUUCUGUCAACUUGAAGGCUUGGAGGUCAUCAGAGAGGAAUCUUACCAUUUAGGAGUAGUCUUAAACCCCAUUUAUAAUACAAUUUGAGGAAAUUCUAAGUUAUGUUUAAAUUCUAAGUUGUGUUAAAAUUAUUUUGAGAGCUAUAUGUGUAAAUUUGUUUUAUUUUGCUUCUUUUAACUAGAAUUGGGACUGAUUAACUUASGUUUUUCCUUGGUGUAGGUGUGCUAAAAGUGUCCAUUUUCACUGACACUUUAGCGCACAUCUCAAUUAUUGUAGCAAUCUGUUAAAGCAAUUUAUUUUUAGACACAAAGACAGCAUAUUUACCCUGUGUUGGGUGAUUAGCCCUGUUGCCUCUGACAAAGCUGGGUGACGUGAGCUCUCUCCUCUGUAGAGUGUCAGUGUGCCGCUCUCCCUUUGAGGGACUCAGCAUUCCCUUCUUCCAGAAAUGGGAUGUCAGACCCCGAAGGAGUGUGCAGGCUGAACGCUUUUUAGCCAAGGCAGCUGCAAUCAGUUUAGUUCCCCAGUUGAAAUGCUGUCAGGGAGUAGUGUUUGGAUUUGUGUAAUAGGCACUUUGAGGAGCCUGGUUCCAUUGCUUAGCUGGGCAGGCUUUUUCCUAAAACAGUUUCCCAAUCCUGCCUUGUUAAGGGGGAUAGCAAGGACUGUUAGCACUUCUGGUUUUUGGAUCCUGUGUCAUUAAUACUUCACAGGCCUACAGACAAAGGAUCUGUUUAUGCCUUGGGAGAUCCACAGUUAUUGUGUUGAUCUGUGUGAUGUGAGUGAGUGCUUCAUCUGGGUACCAGUAAAUCUGCCAUCUCUGAGAGCUGAUCCUGGGGCUUGCUUUGCUCAAAGAAAUAGGCUCUCUUUUAUGCUAAUUUGCAGGACCUGGUAUCUUUUAAAAGGUGAUUUCAGUGUACCUAAUUAAAAAUUAUUAAAAGGCUGUGUUUCUGUCACCUUUAUGAUGUAAAGGUGUAUAUGAGAUACUCUUUUCUUUACUUUUUAAAUCACUAGAUGCCUGUGAUUUAAUUGAUUUGUUAUAGCUUGUUCCUUUCUAAAAUAAUUUGAGUAAAUUCAGACGUUUUGGAGAAUAUGUUUGAAAGUAGAAGUCUGCUUUUCUUAUUUGGGAAGUAGGAUGAAAAAAUUGAAAAGAUGAUUUGGAGCAACUCUUAGAUUGAUAACUCAUGGAAAGUUUCUGAAAUUUAUCAUUUCUUAGCAUUGAUUUUAAUAUUUUAGUAUUUUAAAUUUUUUGUUCUCAGUGGAAGUCAUUCAUUAAAAUUGUCUGCUUCCAUUUCUAGAUAGACUUCUUCUGUUUGAUGGGGGAAGAAAAAGUCAGCAUAUAAUAAAAGUAAUGUUAAAGCUAGAUUUAGAAGCAAAACCAAUCCAAAACUCUGCAUCAUACACUUUGGCCAACAAUCCAGAACUGAAUGGCAGUGGGAUGAUUCUUUUAGAACAGCUAGUAUUUUGGAUUGCUGUACAAAAUCAGUGUAAUUAAAAAUUUAUUUCACAAUGCAUUAGGUUUAAAUUUUAUAAUUUUUUAAAAAAAGUUGUUACAGUUAUGUCCUGAUGCAUCAGAAGAAUGUUUUCAUAUGAAGCAACUAUUAACACCUGUGGUUUCAGCAAGGACUUCAGUAAACAGGCAGCCAAGUUGUGAUGUACUGAAUACAGUAGUAUAUAAGACACUUUUACCUGCCAUUAAAAGCUUAUAAUACAGCAAAUUAGAUAGCUGUGGCACCUGUUUUUAAUUGCACUUUAUUAAUUUAAAAAAAUGUGGUGAAAUAUUGAUGAAAUUUAAUGUUGUAAGCUUGUGUCUUUGCUUUCUUUAAUGCUAAAAGGUAAAUGCAUGAUAAUUAGCAUCGUAACAAAUGCUUUUGAAUGUAAUAUCUUAUUAGUGGCUUAAAACUUCUCAUUUUAACAGAUGCAUUGUAAAAGCAGACUCUUUGCAUGUCUCCAGGURUCUUUUCUGUGGGCAUAUCAAAUGGAAGGAGUGAAUCUUGUAAAAAAGAUCUUGUUUUUCUUUUCUUUUCCAUUCUUCAAUACCAGGUAACAUAAAAUUAGCUCGAUGAUCAUGGGAGAGACAGUUUGUACAGGUUAGGCUGUAUGUAGAAAUGCAAGUUUCCCUUUUUCAUGGCUUUACUUUUUCAUCAAAAGAUGAGUAAAUACCACUUUCAGAACUCUGCAGGAGAAGGGUAGGCCAGGUGUUUUGUAACUGAUUUGUGGAAUCAGUACUUGCAGAGAGGAAGURUAGUUCAAAUACUCAUUUUCUCAGUGUUUCAGUGGAUUUCAGUAGUCCCACACAACAGAGAUGCUGUAUGGGUUAUCUGUGUGAAUUCUUCAGUGAUAAGAAUUGCAUCUCUGUAGCCUGCUCUGCCUCUAUAAAUACAUGCUAUCUUGAGUGAGCUGAAUAAUUUAAUAACUUAAUUGCUUAAAAAUAAUAAAUUUUCAAUGUUCAAUAUUUCAUUGACUAAUGAAAUAUGUGCACAGGAAAAUGAGGGGAGUGGACUUAAUAUACAAAUUCUUAACAAUUCCAAAUUUCAUGCUAAAGUUUAUUAGUUAAAUUAAAGUUAAAGUUAAAGUUUACUGUAACUAAAGUUAAAUUAGUUACAGUAUCUGGAAGAGAAUUACUUCCAUCUUUUUUAAAAUGUUGUGGGAGAAGAUUACUCAUAGUGCAGAACUAAUGUUAACCUAAGGGUAAAAGCUUGCACAAGUGAGCAAAUGCAUGGAGGCAGGUUUCAAAAGGACAGGAGGAGCAGACUGAGGACACACAUAGAGAUCCARAUGUCUUCCUACUGCUGUGGUUGGGACAACAGCAGACUGAUACGUAGCAGAAAGGUUUAGGUGUUUGUGUCUCUGUUCACAAUGGAAAAUGAAACUUUAUUCUUGAAAAUUUUCUAGCUGUAUAAAAUGGAAUAGUAGUUGUUGAUUACUGUAUGAAGAGGGCUUUUCUCAUGGCCUUGUCUGUGUUCAAGUAUAUGUAUGUACAAACUUKCUGUAAAAGUUCAUUUAAUAGAGCAGUUGGAAAAAUUGUUUGUGAUGCUUCUGCUGAGCCACUUAGAGAGAAAUAAAGGGCUGCUUGACAAUUACUCCAGUUUAGGGUCUGGUGCGGUGUUGACUGCAAAUAGAAAGGGACUAAAAUUUUCAGAUGAAAAAGUGCAAGUGUARAAGACUUUGAAAGUAUCACAAGCCCCUUUCAUGUUUUUAAUAGCCUACUGUACAACAGCAUUAUCUGGCUACAAGGAACUUCACAAGGGAAAGUUUCUUCCUGGUCGAAUUUCUCUGUCUGGAACACAGCCAGAAAAACAGCAGUACUUCGGCUGAGAUUCUGAUUGACAGCAGCCAAAUGGAAGUAGUCAUAAUAUUUAUGAACUUUAAUUCAUCCAGACCUGGAUAAAAUCUCUGUUAGACAGGUGAAGGUCUUAGGAUUUUCUGAAAGCAACUUGAAAGUUCUUUUUAUGGCAGAGGAGAUGAAAUAUGUGCUUCCUGGGUUGUUUAGAGAUCUGGGAUUAAGYAUCAAGUAAUACUUUCAGGUGGUAACACUUGGUAAAGUUUCUUAUCCAUUAAAAAUUUCUACUAGCUACCUCCUUUGACAUUCUUGCUCUAUUUAUAAUAACCAAGCACUUUAUAGCUCAGUAAAGAAUGGAAGGUAGCUAUGAAGAAUAAAUUGYGUUGUUUAGUGUAAGAAAUACUUUGGCAAAAAUUUCUUCUGAGAACAGCUUCAUUGUGUGAUGUCCUGCACCGAGAGGGCAUCUUUUUAUAACAAAGUGUGUAUGUUUUUAACCUAGUUGUAAGAACUGUCUUCAAGAGAGUGAASUAUGGAGAGUUCAGCAUGGCUUGGUAUCAACCAUAUAAUAAUUCAAUGUGCUAUUUAUAACUUCCUACUUACUGAAAUUGAAAAUACAAAAGCAAAUAGAAUAUUCUGUAUUGUAUCUUUAUUUUUAAUCUAUGUGUGAGAUGUCAAACAUUGUACUUGUCUUGUGGACAGGACAUGCUUUUAUGAGCCUAUAAAUAUUUAAGUAUAUGAGAAUCUGCACCCAGAUUGAACAUGUUGCAUGUAAAUUGUCUUCUAAAUUUUUAAAUUUUGGUAUUUUUGAAUAUUUGCUAGGUUUGAAAGCAACAUUUAAAUAUUAAUACUAAGCUGUAAUACAGAACACAGAAUUUUGAAUGCAAUAUGGUUUUGUUUAUAGUAAUCCUAUUCCAGUUUCACGAGAAAAAUCCAUCAAAUCAUAGGGGGAAGAGAAAAAAAGGGCUAAUCAUGAGCUCGGCUAUAUAAUUUGCACAAUUAAUAUGCACACAUCCAAAUAUCCUGGAUUUGUUUUUAGCAUGCAUUUACCAAACAGUGUUUUCUUCAAUAUUGGCAGAUACCUAUAUGUGUAGAAUAAGCACAGCUAACCUGUUAUAAAAUCAGAUUAAAAAACCUGUUGGGAACAAAUGACUUGCAAGUUAGGCCUAAGUAAUGGAGCCUGCAAUUCAAAAACGUUUAUAUAAUCUUCUAAGAAGAAACUUGAUGARUUUAUCUAACUUAUGUGCAAAGCAAGGGUGAAAACUGUAGAUUAUGCUACAAUGAUUUCUGGUAAAGCUUGACAAUCUGGUUUGCAGUAAAUUCUAAUACUGYCACAAAAUGUCAGGAUCACAUUAUUAAAUUCAACUAGCAAUGUGACCUGAUUGUAGUAGCAAUCCUUAUCAAGGCACAAGAACUUAAAAAUGCAAUAUAACAAUUCUGAAGAUUGGUCAUAGUCAUCCAUCAUAGUAAGGUGAAUGAUUAAGUAUUAUGGGUUUAAAUUUACUUUUUAUUAUAAGAAAGAAUCCGAAUUAUUUGUUAGCAUUUCAGUGAUAUUGUAAAGCAUUUCUGUAUUUUGUUUGAACAGUUUAGGAGCUUGCAUAAAAUGAUAUUGGCUGAUUUUUUUUCCCUUUGAUAUAUGCAAUAAUGUCAAUAAGCAAUAAAUUGCAUGUUGUAUGCAAGGUAUUGGUACUUCAUAAUAAAGGAAAGGAACACAAUUUCUUAUUUUGUGAAUUUUUCUUUAUUAAUAUGGUAAGAGCUUAUGUACCUAUAAUGAGUGCAUCAUGAAAGAACAAUGCUUUGGGGGUUCAACUCUGAAACAACUGGCUCUUAUGGUAUUUUGAGAUUUCCUGUUGUAUCUUAUUUAUUUCAAAGAAGGUGUAUGAGGUCUGAGCCACACUGUUGCUCAGGUGGCUGGACUUCUCCAUGC